GCCCAAAAAGGACUUAUUUAUCUAGUGUUCCCGCCAUUUUGAUACUUUAAUUCAUUCCUAUUCUGACCCUCAGAUCUCAACCACAACCAACCAACGCCUGCAAUUUCACGAACGAAGCACUCUCUCUCUCUCUCUCUCUCUCUCUCUCUCUCUCUAACCAGUUCUUAUUCUGUGUUUGAUUUUCACAGAGCGAUUUUGUUUGUGAAAUCUGAAAGAGAAAAAGUAAAGGUGUGUAGUACUCGAAAUGACCAAAGAGGAAAUCGAGAAUGGAACCGCAGACAUGGAGAUCGAUCAGCGCGAACUUAUGAACGGUGAUCGGAGCGAAUUGAACGCCGUUCCUGACGGUUUCAACGCCAAUUAUCUCAAAGUCUAUUACGGAAAACUAUUUCCGCAUGCAGAUAUAUUCAAAUGGAUGUCUUAUGGAAAUGAUGGGAAGCAUCCUGGCUGUGAUGAGUCCUAUUUCGGCCGGAGAGAAUUUUCGUUUACAUUAGAUAAUGACAUUUAUCUGCGCUUCCAGUCUUUCAACAGCGCGUCCCAACUUGAAAAUUCCAUCAAGGAGAAGUGUCCAUUUAAAAUAGAUAUUGGGCCAGUGUACAGCGUUGAUCCUGCAAAGAGGCACGCGUAUGCACAAAGUGGCAAUAAUGUUUUCACUCCGGUGGAGAAGGAGCUUGUUUUUGAUAUAGAUAUGACAGACUAUGAUGAUGUUAGAUAUUGCUGCUCUGGAGCUGAUGUUUGCUUAAAAUGCUGGACACUAAUGACAAUUGCCAUCAAAGUGAUUGAUCCUGCCCUCAGAGAUGAUUUUGGUUUUAAUCACAUUCUCUGGGUAUAUAGUGGUCGACGUGGUGUUCAUUGUUGGGUUUGUGAUCCGAAAGCAAGAAGGUUGACGAAUGAACAGAGGUCAUCUAUUGCUGAAUAUUUCCGUGUAUACAAGGGAAAUGAAAAUAGUCAGAAAAAGGUGUCUUUAACAAGUUCUGCCUUACAUCCGUUCCUUUUGAGAUCAUACAAAGUCCUGGAGGAAUUCUUUGAGGGAAAUUUGCUUUCAAAUCAAAGCUUAUUUUCAACUGAGGAGAGAUAUGAGAAGAUCUUAGAAAUGAUUCCUGAUGAAUCUAUUACUUCUGAACUACGGGGGAAGUGGCAAGACAACAAAAAGUCCUCCAUUUCAAAAGAAAACAUUAAUGUUGAUCGAUGGAAACAUGUAAAAAAGAUACUGAAAUCAGGAAAACAGAAGGCACCAGGACUGGGAAAGUGUGUUGAAGAGAUUGUAUUCUCUUUUAGUUACCCUCGACUCGAUAUGGAGGUUUCAAAACACAUGAACCAUUUGCUAAAAGCACCAUUCUGCAUACAUCCAAAGACAGGUCGUGUUUGUGUUCCUAUUGAUCCGAAUCGUUGCGAGGAAUUUGAUCCUACUGCAGUACCAACCCUCUCCAAGCUCUUAGAGGAAAUUAACAUGGGAGGUUUGGGAACAGAUGAUGAUGCAGAAUGGGAUAGAACCUCACUUGGAAAAUCAAUCAGGUUUUUCAGAUCAUCAUUCUUGCAGCCUCUACUAAAGUCUUGCAAGGAGGAGAUAGAAAAUUCUUACAAUGCAAAACUGCAACACUCAAAGACUUCUCUGACCUGGUAGUGCUUUUCUAAGUUUCUAAUCAGCUUGUAUCCGGCCAUUAGAGGUCCUCUUAUUUUAUGUAAAAUUAUUUUUUUAUGAGGUGCUAUAAUCAUGAUGAAAUUAUAUACCAUAUCUUGUCCAGAAAACAGGAUCAACGUGUUGUGUAGCUUGCUGGUACCUUUCUUUUGUUUACUGUAAACUGUGGUUAAUGCCCAUGCAAAAUUUCAUGUAGUACUCUGCUGCUACAAUAUUGCAACUUGCAAGAAUGCUUCACUUUUUUCAA